AUGUGCGACGACGAGGUUGCUGCUCUUGUGGUUGACAAUGGAUCCGGAAUGUGCAAAGCCGGAUUUGCAGGAGAUGACGCUCCUCGAGCUGUCUUCCCCUCCAUCGUCGGUCGACCACGUCACCAGGGUGUCAUGGUUGGUAUGGGACAGAAGGACUCAUACGUAGGAGACGAGGCUCAGUCCAAGAGAGGUAUCCUCACCCUGAAGUACCCCAUUGAGCACGGUAUCGUCACCAACUGGGAUGAUAUGGAGAAGAUCUGGCACCACACCUUCUACAAUGAGCUUCGUGUUGCCCCAGAAGAGCACCCCGUCCUCCUGACUGAGGCUCCUCUUAACCCCAAGGCCAACAGAGAAAAGAUGACCCAGAUUAUGUUCGAGACCUUCAACACCCCUGCCAUGUACGUCGCCAUCCAGGCUGUGCUCUCCCUGUACGCUUCUGGACGUACCACUGGUGUAGUGCUCGACUCUGGAGAUGGUGUCACCCACACCGUCCCCAUUUAUGAGGGAUAUGCCCUUCCCCACGCUAUUCUCCGUCUCGAUCUUGCCGGACGUGAUCUUACUGAUUACUUGAUGAAGAUCCUCACUGAGCGUGGUUACUCGUUCACAACCACGGCUGAGCGUGAAAUUGUCCGAGACAUCAAGGAGAAGCUCUGCUACGUCGCCCUCGACUUCGAACAAGAGAUGGCCACCGCCGCCUCAUCAUCAUCACUCGAGAAGUCCUAUGAGCUCCCUGACGGACAAGUCAUCACCGUCGGAAACGAGCGAUUCCGUUGCCCCGAGGCCAUGUUCCAGCCUUCCUUCAUUGGUAUGGAAUCUGCUGGUAUCCAUGAGAACUCAUACAACUCAAUCAUGAAGUGCGAUAUCGAUAUUCGUAAGGACUUGUACGCCAACACCGUCCUCUCCGGCGGUAGCACCAUGUACCCAGGAAUCGCUGAUCGUAUGCAGAAGGAAAUGACCGCUCUUGCCCCCAGCACCAUGAAGAUCAAGAUCAUCGCUCCCCCUGAGCGCAAAUACUCCGUCUGGAUCGGAGGAUCUAUCCUUGCCUCCCUGUCUACCUUCCAACAGAUGUGGAUCUCCAAGCAAGAAUACGACGAGUCUGGCCCAUCCAUCACUGCCAAAAUGUGCGACGACGAGGUUGCUGCCCUUGUGGUUGACAAUGGAUCCGGCAUGUGCAAGGCCGGAUUCGCAGGAGAUGACGCUCCUCGAGCCGUCUUCCCCUCCAUCGUCGGCAGACCCCGUCACCAGGGUGUCAUGGUCGGUAUGGGACAGAAGGACUCAUACGUAGGAGACGAAGCUCAGUCCAAGAGAGGUAUCCUCACCCUAAAGUACCCCAUUGAGCACGGUAUCGUAACCAACUGGGAUGAUAUGGAGAAGAUCUGGCACCACACCUUCUACAAUGAGCUUCGUGUUGCCCCAGAAGAGCACCCCGUCCUUCUGACUGAAGCCCCUCUUAACCCCAAGGCCAACAGAGAAAAGAUGACCCAGAUCAUGUUUGAGACCUUCAACACCCCUGCCAUGUAUGUCGCUAUCCAGGCUGUGCUCUCGUUGUACGCCUCCGGCCGAACAACAGGGGUAGUCCUUGACUCUGGAGAUGGAGUAACCCACACUGUCCCAAUCUAUGAGGGUUAUGCCCUUCCCCACGCAAUCCUUCGUCUUGACCUUGCCGGACGUGAUCUUACUGACUACUUGAUGAAGAUCCUCACUGAACGUGGUUACUCGUUUGUGACCACGGCUGAGCGUGAAAUUGUCCGAGACAUCAAGGAGAAGCUCUGCUACGUCGCCCUCGACUUCGAACAAGAGAUGGCUACAGCUGCUUCUUCAUCCUCCCUUGAAAAGUCCUACGAGCUUCCUGACGGACAAGUUAUCACUGUCGGAAACGAGCGAUUCCGUUGCCCCGAAGCCAUGUUCCAGCCUUCCUUCCUGGGUAUGGAAUCUGCUGGUAUCCAUGAGAACUCAUACAACUCAAUCAUGAAGUGCGAUAUCGAUAUCCGUAAGGACUUGUACGCCAACACUGUCCUCUCCGGCGGUAGCACAAUGUACCCUGGAAUCGCUGAUCGCAUGCAAAAGGAAAUGACCGCUCUCGCCCCCAGCACCAUGAAGAUCAAGAUCAUCGCUCCCCCUGAGCGCAAAUACUCCGUCUGGAUCGGAGGAUCCAUCCUUGCCUCUCUAUCCACCUUCCAACAAAUGUGGAUCUCUAAGCAAGAAUACGAUGAGUCCGGCCCCUCUAUCGUUCAUCGCAAGUGCUUCUAA